CUUCGAGAACAGCAAUUAAUUGAUUUUAUAUCAUGCUCGUUAGAAAAGAGAGCAAGUUCUAUUUGUGUUUGUCAAAUAGCAAUUAUGUAAAUUAAAUUUCUUUUAUACCAACAUUCCGGUAAAGGAGUUACAUACCUCGAAAAUUUUCAUUUGAUGUGCAGCAAUAUACAAUGACGACGCAAAGAAAUGUAAGGUUUGCUAUUGUACCAAGAUUUGAUAUUUUCACAGUUCCUGAUGAUAAGAAAGAUAUCACCCUUGACGAUGUUGGUGGAUUUGAAAAAGACGUUUUAACUCUGUUGUCAAAAUCAUUGAACUACCAUCUAGAUAUUCUGAUUCCGAACGACCGAGAAUGGGGUGCAAAGCUGAAAAAUGGCAGUUUUUCCGGUGUAAUUGGCAUGCUAAAUCGAAAUGAAGCCGAUUUGGCGAUGGCGCGUAUGGGAAUCACGUACAACAGAGCCGAAGUGGCGUGGCCAUCAGUUCCUUACGAUAUUCAAACCAUCACGUUUGUGACUAGAUUGCAGACAGAUUCAGCUCAGAAUAAACUGUCUUACCUUUACCCAUUUCAAUUUCACGUAUGGUUAACAAUUAUGUUAGUAGCUACAAUGAUGCCUAUAGUGUUGCAUGCUUUCAUGCAGCGGAGAUACUCGCUACAAGAACACGUGUUCAACACUGUAAAGCUUUUGUUUCGUCACACUAUUGAUUAUCAAAGAGCCAAUUCUCCCGCAGAUAGAAUGCUCCAAUUUUCAUUCCUGAUUAGUGUUUUCUUGCUAUCUCUCAGCUAUAGCUCAGUUAUUUUAUCUGUUCUCACUUUACCGGAAAAGGAAUCUGGACUGGUUACUAUUUCACAGCUAGCACACGCAAUUCAGCAAGGUUCGAUGAAAGUAACCGCACCGAAAGGUUCUUUGGUUAUAAAUCUUUUGCGUGAAAGUACAUUCCAAAAUGUUCGAUACAUAGGCGAAGCAAUCGAAGAAAUCGAUUCGUCAAUUGCAGCCACGAGAAAAAGCGUGAUUGAAGAUGGUUGCGCUUAUGUAACACCGGAUUUUAACAUCAAAGUCCUAAUGGGGCACGAACUUUUGUUUUCUAAAGAACCUUUUAAUUACAUGUACGCUAUAAUAUAUGCUAACAAUGAGUUCUGCUGUAAGGAAGAGCUUAAUUACUUUGUUGAACGUAUAACUGCUGGAGGAAUUUAUCAAAAAAUAUCAAAUGACUACUUUUUCUUGUCACAACUUAAAAAUAUGAAAAACAACUCAUUUCACCAAAAUGAAAACCACAAUAAGAAGUUGACAUUAUGGCAGCUUUCAGAGGCAUUUAUGAUAUUGGGAAUAGGGCUGUAUGGUUCUAUCAUAGUUUUUAUUUUCGAAUGUCUUUUCGAUAAGAUAGGGAGAAAUAAGAGAAGUAUAAGAAAACUGUCAUAUUAAAACUAAAUUUUGUGCUUCUUUCCAAAUUAUAUCACGCAUUUGCAAUAAAGUCUUUUGUAGAAAUAUUAGCAUAAAAUAUACGAGUCUUCUCUUCACUGUCUUAACUUGUUAAUAAAUCAGUUUUUUUUAACAAACUUCCUAUUGCCUUGU